GUAACCGAGUUCGUAGCGGGAGGCCCCGCCACACAGGCUCGUCUCAGUCGAUGACGGGUCUGCAGCGUCGUGAACACGGACGAUUAGGAUGCAUCGCGUAGUGGAGUCGUUAUGGGCACUCCUGCUGUUCGUCGCUGCUUGCGCGGCGCAGAACCUGGUUUCUAUGGAGGCAUGUUCUCGAGGGAAUGGCGUUCCUGGAUUCCAGAACUUCACCAUCUCUCCUUGCGACAGUGAGCCGUGUGUGAUCACGAGAGGAGAAACCUACAACGUCACCUUCUUCGCACAAGCCACCGCCGACGCAAAUGUCGUCAUGCUAAGUACCAGCGUCCAUCAGCAAUCCAACGCCAGCUUGGUCCAGAUUGGUCAGACAGUCAGCUGCCACUUCCGGGACUUCCCCUGCAACGUGACAAAGGGAGAGCUCUUCCGCGGAAGUUACAACUUCCGUCUCGGCUUCGGCACUUUCGCUCCUGAGGAGGCUACCUACUGGGUUCAAGUCGGCACCUACCAGGCUUUGUUCGCGUGCGGCCGGGCCAAGCUUAUCGUCGAGUGAAUGAAAAUGUCGCGUGUUAUGAUGCCUUUGC